AGUUACCGACACAAGAUCACUGGCUUCGAGCGGCCACAGAAAUAUGAAUGUAAAGGUGGUUUACUAGCAGAUGAGAUGGGAUUAGGCAAGACAAUGGUGAUGCUUGCUACCAUUGUUGGAUCUCUUGAACGAGCAACGGCUUUUGCAUUGCAAGAAUCGUCCACUAGCGCAACUCAUACCAGAUCAAAAGCAACACUUGUUGUUGUGCCAUCCUCGAUCCUCAUUGACAGCUAUUUAGCAGAGUUACAACAUCGUGUCUCGGGGUUUGGUGUAUUCGGAACAAUCGAAUGGUUCCGGAUUGUGUUGGACGAAGCACACGAAGUGAGAAACAGAAAGACCAAGCAAUUUCAAGCUAUUGCUGGCCUUGCUGCUGAGCACCGCUGGUGCUUGAGUGGCACCCCUUUUCAAAACUCUUUGGAAGACAUCAGUUCUCUCGUUAAUAUUCUUCGAGUCCCAUUACUGGACCAUCCUGCGACUUUUCGCAGGUUCAUUAUGAACCAGGAGACGCGCAGUGUACGAGAUCGUUACAGAACCCUCCGACUACUUUUGACCUCGAUUUGCUUGCGGAGAACGAAACAAGUGGCCGGCCUGCCCGAGCCUGUGAUCGAAGUUCAGCAUUUGGAAUUCAAUUCAGCAGAAAGAAACGAUUACGAAGAAAUCCUGCGCCGUGCCAAGAAGCUGGACGACUUGAAUGUCAGUGGU